GGCAGGACCUAUAGAACAAUCAGAACACAUUGUUCUGUACAGUAUUUAUUUUUCAUCAACAUGAUGAUGUCGGAGGUGCUCCAGGUGCUGCGGGGGGCGGGGCGGGUGGGCGCGGCCUUCGCGGCCACGCAGGGGGAGCAGCUGAGGCUCAUGGCCUGUAACUCCACACUGGGUGCUGGGAUCAAGGUGGCACAGCAGGCGGUGGAGGGUGUCGUGGGCACAGUAAUGGGGAGCGGAACGACGCCUAAGCCAGACUUCCCGGACAGUGAGGGCUGGGAGGAGAUGGAUCAGGAUGAGGCAGCGAAGUGGGCGAUGGGCUCGGAGAUGCCGCCCGAGUUUGCCGUGCAGGAGGCCCCGGGAGUCUUGCAGGACCAAGGAGUCUCACAGGAGCCGGGGAUCUCGCAGGACCAAGCGGCAGACGGGGCCCCCAGGGAGCCGCUGUCCCGCCAGGCGGCCGGGUGGGAGGGCCCGGGGGGCCUGGGGGGGCCCGGAGGCUUGCACGGCCAGAGCACAAGGUUCCUCCACUACACCUCGGUGCUGCGCGGCACCAGGUUCCUCCAUGACUCCGCAGUUGGCAGGCUCACGGCCGAGGACAUCAGGAAGGCCAGGCAGGCCAAGCAGGCAGCCGACAGGGAGACCCUCAUCCGACCAGCCAGACAAAAGCUUAGCGAUCGUGCCCGCGAGAGGAAAGUCCCUGCCACACGCAUCAGCCGCCUCGUUAAUUUUGGAGGUCUGGCUGUGGGCCUGGGUCUGGGAGCCAUUGCAGAGGUGGCCAAACAGUCACUUGGAGGCAAGCGCUCAGAGACGGGCGCCCUUCUGGACUCGCCCCUCCUGUCGGAGGCCAACGCCGAGAGGAUCGUGGACACCCUGUGCAAGGUGCGGGGGGCGGCGCUGAAGAUCGGACAGAUGCUGAGCAUACAAGAUAACAGCUUCAUCAAUCCCCAGCUGCAGAAGAUCUUUGAGCGGGUUAGACAGAGUGCAGACUUCAUGCCCUCCUGGCAGAUGAAAAAAGUGCUGGAGGAGGAGCUGGGGCCGGACUGGACGGACAAGCUGGCCUCCUUUGAGGAGAGGCCCUUUGCAGCUGCAUCGAUUGGCCAGGUGCACUGUGGCGUGCUGCACGACGGCAGGGAGGUGGCCAUGAAGAUCCAGUACCCCGGGGUAGCAAAGAGCAUCCACAGUGACAUCAACAACCUGAUGUCCGUGCUGAAGAUGAGUGUGGUGCUACCCGAAGGCUUGUUUGCAGACAGCAGUCUAGAGGUCCUUCAGAGGGAGCUGGCGUGGGAGUGCGACUACAAGAGAGAGGCGGAGUGUGCCAAGCGCUUCAGGGUGCUGUUGGAGGGCGACCCAUACUUCGAGGUCCCAGAGGUGGUGGAUGAGCUGACCGGGAGCCGGGUCCUGGCCAUGGAGCUGGUGUCUGGAGUGCCAUUGGACGCCUGCGUCAAUCUGGACCAAGAGACGCGGAAUGAGAUCUGCUUCAACAUCCUCCAGCUGUGUCUGAGAGAGCUGUUUGAGUUCCGCUUCAUGCAGACAGACCCCAACUGGGCCAACUUCUUCUACAAUGCUGAGAGGAACAAGGUGAUUCUCCUGGAUUUCGGCGCAUGCCGGGACUACUCCGUGGAGUUCACUGAUGACUACAUAGAGGUCGUGCAUGCAGCCUCUGUUGGAGACCGUGCCACUGUGCUGCAGAAGUCUAAGGACCUGAAGUUCCUCACUGGAUUUGAAACCAAGGCAUUUGAGGAGGCCCAUGUGGAGGCGGUGAUGAUUCUGGGCGAGGCCUUCGCCUCCUCUGAGCCCUUCGACUUUGGCACGCAGAGCACCACCCAGCGGAUCCAGAGCCUGAUCCCGGUGAUGCUGCGGCACCGCCUCACGCCCCCACCCGAGGAGAGCUACUCCCUGCACCGCAAAAUGGCCGGCUCCUUCCUCAUCUGCUCCAAGCUGGGCGCUCGCAUCCCCUGCCGGGACAUGUUCCAGGAUGUCUACGACGGUUACGCCCGCCGGCGCCUGGAGAGGGCUGCCUAACUGCGGGGGGGGAGGGGGGCGGCGAGUUUGGAGGAGGGGGCAGGCUUGGAUGUAGACGGGAAGACAUUUUUUAACUAGCCGUGUCAUCCCCCUGUUGCACUUAUUGGUAAUGUGAGAGAAAGAUGGCCGAGAGGGUCUGUGGCAAUGAAGAGGUGGACUCUACUCCAGCAAUGACACGCUGUUGUUCAACUUGGAGGGAUGGUGUUGAAACACACCCGUUCUGCUCUUCCUGUGCACUCCAUCUACAGACAUCCCUGUCCUUCGUCUCUCUGUCUCUCUCUGUCCUUCUCUCUGUCUCUUCCCGACAGUGCCAUCAGGAAACGCCGUCUGUAGCUCUGCACAUCGGCUCCACUCCACUGCCAAGGAACACUGUAUCAGCAGACAUCACCGCGAUGGUGAAAAGGCUCUCAGAUACAGAAAUGAACUGACCGGUACAGCUUCAGUGUGAAAUCCACAACAAUGAACCAGCAACUGUAUAAAAGAACACUGUGGCAUAUAAUGCAGAAAAAAAGGGACUGUUUAAUUAUUUGUUAUCAAGUUGGUGUGACACAAUGAGGUGUUUGCACAAUAUACCAUCUUGGCUAUGCUGCUGCAUAGUGUGGGAUUCCACUUUUUCCUAUGCUGGAGCAAAAACAGUAUACAUAUAUAUAGAUAUAAUUAUGGUUUAUGGUGAAGUGAUUGACAUGGUCUAGGACUGUAAAAAGAAUGCCUCAUGUUUAUAGUUCAGGAGGCAAUCUGUAAAAAGUGUGUGCAUACCUGUGUGUGGCUUCUGCAGCUUUCAGUAAUUUAGCAUGCCCUUCCAUUUGAGUUGCCUUGAGAUGCUGUAAGUGUCACUUGAGAAUUUUUCCAGGCACCAUUCCAGCAGAAGUGGACACAUGAACAGUGGGGUGUUGUGUGUUUCAGCUCCGUGCAAUAAAAAGAUGGCUGAUGUGGGCUUGGAGGUACCACAUUUGAUUAUUGUUGAAUAAACUUGGCU